AUGAAGUAUGAAAAUUAUGAUCUUUCUUUCCCCGAGCAGCCGGUGGUCGAUUUAUACCUCCCGGUGUGGGCUAAACUUCCUGCCUUUAGGCACAAACCGGCUUUCAUUUGGGUCGAAGACAGCCCUGAUGGAGUGUCCAGCUGCUCGACCCUAACUUACGAGCAGCUGAAUAACUCCGUGCAGUCAAUUUCCGAGCAACUUCAUCUACAAAGAGGUGACACUGUCGUUAUUUUAUGUGCACCCGGGCUCGAGCUUGUAGAAAUGAUCUUUGCUUGUCAAAGAGCAGGCCUUUUGGCUGUUCCUAUAAUCCCCCCACACCCUUCUUUUGCCAAUGAAAAUCACCACCACCUUAUAAGGGUUUUAUCCCAAACAAGGCCUAAAGCAGCCUUGGCCCUCCGAGAAUAUAUUGAUCGUGUUCGACUGUAUUUAUCUUCCUCGACCAAUAAGAGAUUUUCAGAGCUUUUACAGAAGCUUCAAUGGAUUCCCAUUGAGGAAAUAAAGGCCGGGAAGUUGAAUGUUCAACGGAAUUUAUCAUCAUAUAAUGGCUGUAAACCUGAUGAUUUGUACUUAAUUCAGUACACUUCUGGUGCAACUGCGAUUCCUAAGCCAGUACUUGUGACAGCAGGAGCAGCUGCCCACAAUGUUAGAACAGCUAGAAAAGCCUACGAUCUUCAUCCAAAUAGUGUAAUCGUGUCUUGGCUGCCUCAAUAUCAUGAUUGUGGGCUUAUGUUUCUGUUGCUCACUGUAAUAUCCGGUGCUACAUGCGUGUUAACAUCGCCUAAUGCGUUCAUAAACCGGCCUAGAUUAUGGCUCGAAUUGAUCACACAGUACAAGGCAACUUGUACACCAGUUCCGUCUUUCACUUUGCCACUCGUCGUUAAGCGAGGGGGCGUCAAAACCGGGACCAUUCCUAUAAGUCUUGGGAGCAUGAAGAAUCUGAUUAUCAUCAAUGAGCCAAUAUACAAAGCUGCAAUUGAAGAUUUUAUCGAAGUUUUCAAGCCUUUCGGGUUUAAUCCCGCAUGCAUCUCUCCAUCUUAUGGCUUAGCCGAAAACUGUACUUUCGUGUCAACAGCAUGGAGAAGUGGAAAUCAUGGCAAUUUCCCAGUUUACAAGAAGCUAUUACCCAGUGCAAAACUACAAGCUCCUUCAAGCAAUGACGAAGAAGAAGACAUCGAAAUUUUAGUAGUAAAUGAAGGAGCGCACGAGCCUGUUGAUGAUGGGAUUGAAGGAGAAGUAUGGAUUUCAUCGCCAAGCAAUGCCAAUGGAUACCUUGGCCACCCUUCAUUGACACAAGAAGUAUUCAACGGCAGAAUAAAAAACAAACGCACUGGGAAAUUUCUUCGAACAGGUGAUAGAGGAAUUGUCAUAGGCCAAGAUCGAUACUUAUAUAUUACAGGCCGAUGUUCCGACAUUAUUAAACUUUCAAACGGUCUUGAAAUCCAUCCUCAUUACAUCGAAACCACAGCUUACAAUUCAUGUCCAAAGCUUCUCCGAGCUGGCUGUCUCGCAGCAUUCCAGGUUUCAAGAACAAUCGCCAUUGUUGCAGAGUUGCAGAAAACUCAAUCCGAUCCAGAAAUUUCCCGGAAAAUUUGUGAAGGAAUAAGAAAAUCUGUGAUCAAGGAAGAGCAAAUUGAAGUCGGAUUGGUGGUUCUUGUUAAAUCUGGGAAUCUGCCCAAAACUACUUCAGGGAAGAUACAAAGAUGGGCUGCUAAGUAUAAACUAAAAGAAGGUGGAGUGAACGUAAUUAUGCAGAUGAAAUUUGACAACAAUGCACAAAAUGUAACGUCGUUUGAUGCAAUAAUUCGUGGAAAUGAAGAAGAAGAGAAAGGGACGAAGAUUUCAAUGGGUGAAGAGGCCGAUCAGGGAUUUAUUCAUGCAUCUGUAAAUGCUUCUAAUCACCUAUCUUUGCGUUCUUCUUUGUAG